AUGAGGGAUUUUCAGAACACUUUGGAUUUUUGCAGUCUCCAUGAUAUGGGUUAUUCUGGGUCUCUCUUCACUUGUCGAAUGAAAAGACAUGAUUCAUCUUUCACUAAGGAAAGACUUGAUAGAGGGGUGGCUAAUGGCUCUUUUGCUUUAUUGUUUCCUCAACUCUUAAUAGAAGUUUUGCCAGCAAGAUGUUCAUACCAUGCACCCCUGCUUGUUCAUUUGCAUGCCCAGAGGAACGGUAGUCGUGUUAGACAAAGGCCUUUCUAUGAAGUCUGGUGGCAAGCUUAUGCUGAUUUUCCUAGAGUGGUUCGUACUGUUUGGCGGGUGAAGAUGCUUAGGCGGGAUACUUGGAGUAACGUGAAGAGUAAGCUCAUGAGUAGCCAAUAUGCAUGUCGACAGUGGAGGAAGACACAUUCUGAUCCGACAGAGGCUUUGAUUUUACAAAAAACUAGUGUCUUGGGUGUUUUGCAAGAGGAAGCUGAUGAGGAGUCCAUGGUUCUUGUAAAAUCUUUGCAGUUGGAAAUAAAUGAUUUGAUUGAGUUGAAGGAUCUUAAAUGGAGACAAAGGGCCUAG